GCCCAGGAACACCAGGGGCAGCUGAGCGGAGAGAGUCCGGCUGUGAGGAAAAGCGGCCCGCAGGAGCUCAGCACCAGGGAGCCGUGUGGCUCGCUCCGUCCUAAGAUCAGGAGACUGGCGCUGCCCUUGGAGAAGAUGUGCCAGACAAAGCUGAGGUUCCUCGCUGUGCUGCUGGGUCUCUGCACCUGGCUGGAGCCUGGCAAAGGCUCCCUCCCGUUUCACAUGAACUCCGUGAUCCAAGUCGUAGAAGUGCUGGAAUCUUACCACCUGGACGGACGCCUCAACCUGACCGUGACGGAGCUCGCCCGGGGCCUGGGAUGCUGUGACAGCGAGUUCUACCAGCUUCUGCUGGGGGCGGCGCCCGUCGUGCCCCCAGACCUGCCCUUCCUGAGCCAGGAGCAGAGAUCCUUCCUCAUGCGUGUCUUGAAGCACAAAGUCCAGGCCUCCUCUACUGAGCAGGGGGUGGUGCUGCUCCCUGAUGGCACCACAGUGGCUGUAAGCCCCUUGGUGGCUGGGAUUGAAGCAGGGCUGAAGGGGAGGCGGGAGAUGCCGCUGCCCCCCGAGGCUUUGGAGCCUUCGCUAGUUACAACUGAGCCCUCGAACCAGACACAUCCGGGCCCGCCCCUGACUAUAGAUGCCCUCUACGCAGUGACCAUUGCCAAGGCCCUGGGCAUGGCCUUUCUCCUGGCCCAGGCCAACGAGAGCCAGGUGCCCAUGGGGCCGAAUGGCUGCUGGGACAGCGUGUCCGAGCCCCAAAACUUCACCCUCCUGGGCCGCCCCUCACACCUCACUGAUGCCUUCGUCAAUGGGGCGCUGGACGGGGCGAUACUGGGGGCACACCUGGCAGGGCAAGGCAUGUCCGUGGCCCCGAUGAGCACCCUGCUGAGAGAGUACUACACUGGGGAUGGCCUGGCCGGGGAUGGCCAGACCAGGAGCAACUUCAGGCGCCAGAACUUUGUGCAGCUCACCAAGGCCAGGCAGCUAGAGGAGCAGGUGAUGCGCUCCCUCCAGCUGCUGCGGGUGCUGCCCCGGAUGGUGCCACUGCUUAGCGGGGUUGGGGAUGAGGAGCUGCGGGCCACUGCGAGCCGGGCGGUGCAGGAGUUCACGGAGGCCUACCUGGAAUGCCCGGCCAUCAUCCCCCGCUGCAUGUGGGGGGCCAAGCCCUACAAGGGGACCCCCACGCAGCUCAAGCUGCCCCUGGGCUUCGUGUAUAUCCACCAUACCAGCUCACCCAGCCAGCCCUGCCGGACCUUCCCUGAAUGCGCUGCUGACAUGAGGGCCAUGCAGCACUUCCACCAGGUCGACCGUGGCUGGGACGACAUCGGCUACAGCUUCGUGGUCGGAUCAGAUGGGUACAUGUACCAGGGCCGGGGUUGGCACUGGGUUGGCGCUCACACCCGUGGCUACAACAGUAAAGGCUACGGCGUGGGUUUCAUCGGGGACUACAUGGACACGCUGCCGGAGGCAUUUGCCCUCACACUGGUGCGUGACAACUUCCUGCUGUGCGCAGUGAAGGGCGCCAAGAUCUGGGCCAACUACACAGUGCAUGGUCACCGGCAGAUGGUGCACACCGCGUGCCCGGGGAACACACUCUACCGGGAGAUCCAAACAUGGCAGGGCUUCAAGUGAGAACUCCCGACCCUGGGUCAUGAUCCAGGAAAUGACCCAGUUCACGACACAUCCCACCAGGACCCAGGACCAGGCCCUCAGACUGCCCAGGGAGCAGGCUGCAGCGGCUUGUGCCCAGGAGGGUGGCUCAGCAG